AUGACGACCAAGAUUGCUAAGGUUGCUAACAUUGCCCUCCACGUGUUUCGCGCACACUCCCUCCGUGCUUCAGCCACUGGCGCAUCCUAUGGUGGUCCACCGUCCUCCUGUGAAGAAGUUGAAAUCACAUCAGAGGCACUUAAGCAGCUUCUCUCUAGUGUGGCUGCACUCAAUCUUUGCGAUGUAGGAUUGGAUUCGCCGUUCACUCUUUCUCUUCCUCACCGCGUCACGGCUCCGGUCAUAUACAUGCACAUUACAGAGAACGAAGUAUUUUCCAUGGGAAUGUUUAUUCUUCGUCCCGGCUCCCGCAUUCCGUUGCACGGUCAUCCGGGUAUGUUUGGUGUGAUUCGAGUAAUGCAGGGUUCUAUGAGGUGUCGAUCGUUUACUCCACUGCGUGACAAGCUUCCGGCCCACCGCAGCACCAGCAAAUGGCUGUCCUCUUCGGCGUCCAAUCUGACCGUGGCUGAACCCCAUUCGGAUAAAUUGCUUGGUGCAGAUGACCACAGACCUUGUCUCCUGACACCGCGAGUCGGCAAUUUGCAUGAACUCACUGCGGUUGAGGGAACCGUUGUCUUUCUUGAUAUUCUCGCUCCGCCUUACGAUCAUGACUUGGGCACACGGGAGUGUCUCUUUUAUCGGGAAGUUGACCUGCCUUCCAGCGACCAUGACGAAAAAUCUGCGUUGUCUCAUGUACAGUUGCAAAAUCAUCCGCGAGUCUAUUUAACUGAAAUUAAUCAGCCCAGGGACUAUUGGUGCGAAACUCUACCUUAUCAUGGUCCACAAAUUACCUAA